CUCGCGUGCUUUGCAUACUUUGGUUGCGUUUUUUUAGCACACUCCUGCCCGGCUUCUGCAGCGCGAAUUCGAUUCCGAUUUUGAUUCCAAUUCUGGAUCGUUCGUCGAUUCGUCAAUUCGCCUAUUCGAUUCGCAAUUUCGGCAGUUCGUACGCCUUGCAAUCAGCCAGGAUCCGGGUCGGGACUGGCCGCGUAAUUUGCCCGCCGUUUUGCCGCUCUUCCGACUUUUCCCCGCUUCCGGUUGCAGUAUUUUUUCCGGUUGCCAUUUUCGCGACCGUUUUUUGGCCAGUUUUUGCAUUGUUUCGCAGGUGUUGCAAAGACAUACAAAAAAACCGAAAAGUGCCCAAUGCCGUAAAUCAAGCGUCCGGCAAUUGUGCGUAUUUGAACGGACGGGUUCCGUGCAGAGCAAGAAAAUUCUCUGUGCAGCUGUUGUUCUGCGGUCGGGUUCUCCCAACAAGUGGGCGGCACUGGGAUUAUGUCUCUGCGGGCAACGGGCAGUCGGCCAAUUCCCGACAAAUGAAGUGCCGCAGCAUUUGAUUAUAGGCAGCGACUCCUAAACCGCUUAACUUCCGCGUGUGCCCUCGUGUGUGUGCCGGUGAAUGUGGGUUGCAAGUCUUGAGAGGGCAGGACACCAGAGAAGGACUCACAGGACCCACCUAUUGAUUACGGCGUCCGCAACAGUAUCCCGUUUAACACUUUCCAGUUGCCGCUGCUAUGAAAGCAACAUCCAGUAGCAGUUGCAGCAGUGCCGCCAGCAGCUGCAAUCAACCGGAGGCGGCUGCCACUGGAACUGCCACUGCGGCUGGGACACCCGGUGGAGCAGCUAGCGGAUGUGGGGCACCCAGUGCGUCCAAGUCGCACCAACGCCUGGCCAAGGUCUCGUUUGCACCGCUCGAUCUGCCCCUCGGCAGUGGGGCCACGUGAUACGCGAACGCGCAUUCCAGUGGCACCAUGCCGCACCACCACACCACCAACAUAGUCUGCGAGUGGUUGCGCACCAUCGGAAUGGGCCAGUAUGGGGAGAGUUUUCUGGAGAAUGGCUACGACGAGCUGGAGAUCUGCAAGCAAAUCGGGGAGAUCGAUCUGGACGCCAUAGGGGUGGAGACGCCCUCGCACCGGGGCAAGCUGCUCAAGAACGUGCGGAUGCUGCGGGAGAAGGGGGCGGCCAUUGUCUAUGUCCUAAUCAACGACCCCAAGGCGGCGUCCUUGAGCAGCAGCAACGAGAUCCUGGCCACCGACUGUGAUACGCCGGUGACCAUGAAGGAGCUCGAGGCGGUCAUGAAGCGACAUCUCGAGGCCGAUGGCAUUCGCCUCACUGCCCACCCAUACUCCACUCCGGAGGGCAAGCGAGGCUACCUGGAAGGACUGGCCGCCCACUACAGCAAACAGAUCAACAUGCCGUACGAGGACGUCUUGGACGCCAUCGAGCAGGUGCGUCUGUCCAAGUGGAAGGAGCGCCACGUUCGCAUCUCCACUGGCCACACGCUCAGCCGGAAUCGGAUGGCGGGGCCGAGCUGCAGCGGAUCGGGAAUGAGCGGGGGUCUGGUCGGUUCCUCGGUGCUGCCCACCAGCCACAGCCAGCCACUGUAUGUGCCCGGCAAGUACUUGCCAUCCAGCUGCCUGUCGAACCGCGAGGAGAACGAGAUCUACAGCUACACGCAGAACGACUUGGCCAAUAGGAUGGCCCGGAAUGCCAUCGACUCGAAAUCGGCUCUGAAUCUGAACGGAAUGCAGCACAGUUACCCGGGAGCGCGGUCCAAUUUCUUUUACGACUUUUCGGCAACAGAGGGUCGGAACAAACACAAGCAGCGGCGCACGGUCUUCGCCCGAUUUUUGAACGGCCUUCGGCAGAGUGGAGAUGAACUGAACGCCGGCGAGGGAAUGCAACUGAAGACAAACGAGAGGCUAAGAAACUGUAGCACUAUGAAGCGACCAGAGCCACAUCAAGAUUUUGAAAAGACCAUACAGAGACUUAAAAACCAAAAGGCGGCCCAGAAGAAGCCGGCCAGUGCCCCUCUGGAGAUGGCCCUGCACGAGAGGAACAAGGGGGAGGUGGCCCACACCCACGUGACCGAAAUGCCCUUAAAUAAUUACACAAAGCAUCCCUAGGAUACGGCCCUAAGCAGCGCAGCUGCUUAAGUCUUGAUAUCAGAUAUCGGAUACAUUGGAUCCCAGAUCCCGAUCCUAGAUCCUUAAUAAAUCAAUCCGUUUUCUCAAUCAGGUGAUAUAAUAAACAGGAGCAUAAUCGACAUAGGAUGAGGCUAAACAGAACAGGAAAUCUAUCCAGUCAACAAAGCAAUAUGGAAACACUCAUAACUUAACAAUAGGAACAUAAAUAGACGUAGGAAUUAAAGAGUAAUCGUUGAGUUAAAGCUUACCUAUAGGACUAAUUGAGAGACCCAACCUGAAUCAGCACUUGAACCCACUGUAUAGUAUAGCCACCUGACCAAUAAUAAAGAGUAAGCCUAGCCUAAGCCAUACACAUCGAACAACGCAAAAGCGGUCGCAAAAAUGGCACUUAAUAAAGUCCCUAAGACUUUUUACUUGAUUUUUUUUAAAUUAGUUUAAACAGAUUGCCAAUAACCAAUUGGAACCAACAUAGGAUCUAGGAAAACAAACAAUGACAAUUUUUUUUUUUUAACUAUUUGACUUAUAAUAAACUAUGAUUUAAAUAAUUUUUUUUUUAUUAUUUAUCGAUUUGUAUUUAUUAUUUUAUUUUAUUUAUUUUAUUUUAUUUGUAAGAUAAUUUUUAAAAUCAUUUUUUCUUUGACAAUUAUUGAAAUUAUUAUUUCAGGUCACAGUUGUUCAUUUUCUUUUGGAAUUAUUUUUGAAAGAAGUGUAUUCCGAUUUUCGCUAUUAUUGCGACCGUUACCGUACAGUAUAAACUACACACUUCCAUACCAGAAUCAAUCUCGAAAUGCUCUUGCCCCGAAAGUCCAUCGGCAAUUAUUUGAACACCCCGAGACCGAGAAAGCAGCCGCAGCAACAGUCUGCGAAUGCGGAUACAGAUGCACCGAGAACUGGCCGGGGGAAUGUUGACAAAACGCAAAAAUCCAACAAGCUUAACGUUAAAUCAACACGCAUACACCCAUACAGAGCGAAGAACACAAACGCACACAUCCCAGCAGCCUGGCAAACUUGUUCUAACCGCAGACGUUGCACAGACUGACGGACAAGCGGACAGACGGACGGUGCCGGAUCUCCGGGCUCUCCGGCUCUGGCAUUUCCGUUUCAACUUGGCACUGCAUCGAUUUUGGUCUUUGGUUUUUCGGCAGCCUGCAGGCCAACCUGUCUUUUUUGCAUUUUAAUUGCAUGUUGCGCCCGAAAGUAUGCAACAUGUCCUGACUCUAUCUUGCGCUGCAUAUGUGUGAGUGAGUGUACAUAUACGUGUGGGACAGAGAAUGCGAUUUGCAUUUUUGAGCCAGGCAACGGCAUUUGAAAUUCGUUUUUAAUUUUGUUUGCUCUUUGGCCGAAAGGCUUCAAAAUGGUCGAUGGCCAUUUGCUCGCGGUUGUCUUUUCAUUCGUCUACACUCUAAGAAUCGAGUUUGUUCUCAGUAUAUAUUCGUAUGUACAUAUGAAUAGAAAAUGUAAAUUCAAUUAUGUUUUCAAAUCUUAAAGCAUUUCAAUGUCAAACUAACCUAGUUGAGUUCUCGAGUGCUAUGUAGAUUUUUUGUUUCUUUGAGUGCGCUUUAAAAAUAAAAGCCAUACAGACAUCCGGAAAAACUUUGGCGCUGCAGCUGCGUUUAUUAUUAAAUGUCUGCGGCGCCACGUUGAGCUGCCAGAAAAUUGAAACAUUUACCCGCUACGUGAGUGCGUUUGGCGGCCAUUUUGAUGCCAGUUUCCGGUUCCGCCUGCUGCUUGUCGCCUAUCGCCCGUUGCCGAAACAGCAAUUAGCUUAAGCACUUUCCCUCUCCCCUUAUGGCUAAAGCAGAUCCAACUUUCCCCCACAAAACUUUUCCAUUGCAGCCAUUUAAUAGGAUAUUUUAUUGGAUUUUUUUUUGUGUUGAACUGCGUUAACGUGCAAUUAACUCUGCCAGGGCUCGAUGAUUGUUUUAUUUAAAUUAAAUUAAACGCAGAACAGCCAGCUAACCAAGCCAACCAAUCGAACCAAUCCAACCAGCAAGCAAUCCAGCAAUAGUGAAAUAGUAUAGACAAACAAACAAACAAAUGCAAACAGUGAAAAAAGGUGAAAUUAAAUAUAGGCAAAGUGAAAACAAAGCAACAGACUCUGAACGGGCAGUCAAGUGUAAAAUUGUGCGCCAGUUUAAUAUACAUAUAAUUGUUUAACUACCAAUAGGCAUAACACGUAUACAUAUAGAUUCAGAUACAGAUACAGGUACAGAUACACAGAUGCACAGAUACAGAUCCCAGUUAAAUGGUUAAAAGCAGAAACAAUGAGAGCAAUCAGCAGAAAUAGACCACAGCAAUUAAAGCGUAAACUGUAAAAUACAAAGUCAAAUUUCAGACUGCAACGCUCGCUUUAAUUUGGAUAAAUAAUAAUAAUAAAAAUUGAUUGAGAAUAUAUUGUAGUAAUAGCAUGACUGCCAAUCAAGCGAAAGGCAUUUCGAAAUUGAUCCCAAAAUGCACACAACCAGACUAGAGAGGUGUUCAGAACAAUUAAUUCAUGCGUAAGCCCAAUCAUAAUUUAAACUAGGACGGCCGGUGUUGGCCAUAAAUCAAUGGGCCCACUUUCUGGCCAUGGGUCGCAAGGAGUCGCAUGGGUCGCACUUUCUCGCCCGACCACAAUAAAUAACAUAGACGGAGGAGUCUUAAUUGGAAACGGAGCACGAAUAUGAGCAUCCGACAGGCAUUAUAAGAUAUAUAUUAUAAUAGUUAUUAGUUUAUUAUGGAUAUUAAUGACUUACAAUUUAUACACAUUUACAAAAUACAUAUACACCAACAAAAACAUAUAUAUACUUAGCCCCAUACAUACGUAUAUUUACAAUCAAAAGUUUAUGGUCAGAAAUCGACAAAUUUUAAUUUACAUACGUUAGUAUUUAAGCCUAAUGCCGAAAGCAUUUCAAAUGCAAAUGGCCGCGAACAAAAACAAAAAAACGGGAAAGCAAAUUGAUUGCCAAAACAAAUAAAUAAAUAAAUAAUUUUUAUGAAAAUAGGGCACGCGUGAAAGCGUAACAGAUUCCCCGGCAUCAGCAAAUAAAUUCAAGCGUACAUGGUAAAUAUAUGCAUAUAUAUAUUUACUGAUAUUUAUAUAGUUAUAUGUAUACACCCCUAGAAUAUGGACUGUGUGAAAUAUUUGUGGAAAACAAAUAUUUAGCCAGCGUAUGCGCCAAAUGUUUUGCAGUCGAAUUAAAAAAAAAACCCAAAAAAAUGUUUUCUAAAAAAAAGUGUAGCAAAUUUGCAUACGUUUUUGGCCAAUUGAAUGAAAUACUUUGUAAGGUUGGUUUUCAUAGAAAUAAAGAUGUUUCCCAAAAUUUAA